UGAAUAUUGGUGUAGGUGACUUGACAAAGACUUGAGGUAAACAAUUCAGACCAGCUAUGUACAAUGUCCUUCUCCGGUUUCCAGAAUGCAUCUGCUAUUCAUUGACACGAUAUAGAAGUUAGAACUCUACGUCACAAGAAGUUCUUUUAAGUUCGGUUCCCCGAGCUUCACAACAGGCUAUUAGAAUUAGAUAGUGUUCCCUCACUGAACCUCAUUCAGCCCCAGGUUGUCGACAUUCGCCUGCUGCUGUCGUGUUAAAAUGCAGAUUCUCUUCCGAAACACGGUUCUUCCUAUAUCAUUCGCGUCACAUCGUAGAUCUAUCAUCAUCGCAUUAAUCACUGUGUCGUGUGUGUGUUAUUUUAUGACUGUCAGUCCUCAAGGCGGCUACUUGUCUUCCAAAAUUUUGUCCACAGAACGGUCGAUAUACAAGGAUUCUACGGGUGUUUUGGAUGUCGAACAGAUAGACGAGACCCUACUCGACUUGGCUCCUUCCGCAGAGAGUAAACCAUCACACUCCUUUGGCAAUAUCAUUCCACACGACCCUUCUACUCCUCACCGAGCCAAUGCUACGUUGUUGAUGCUGGCGCGUAACAGUGAUCUCGAUGGCGUGAUAUCCAGUGUAGAACAGUUGGAGGCAAAAUUCAAUCGCAAAUUCAACUAUCCCUGGGUGUUUUUGAACGACGAACCCUUCUCUUACGAGUUCAAAAGGCGUGUUAAAGUAUUGACUAACGGCGAUGUAUCAUUUGGGCUCAUCCCUCACGAAACUUGGGUGCAACCACCCUGGAUAGAUGAAGAACGAGCUCAGAGCGGACGCAAUAUGCUAACACAGGAUGGCGUCAUUUAUGGCGACAGUGUUUCUUACCGUAAUAUGUGUCGGUUUAACUCAGGGUUCUUUUUCCGCCAUGAGCUCUUAACGCCAUACAAGUGGUACUGGAGAGUAGAACCCGACGUGAGAUUUUACUGUGACCUUGAAUAUGACCCUUUUGUAUUCAUGGAAGAUCAUAACAAAAUUUAUGGCUUCACCAUUUCAAUGCCAGAAUGGGAAUCAACUAUAACCUCGUUGUGGUCCGUGGUGAAAGAAUUCAUUUUGGACCACCCUGAAUACGUGUCACCAAACAACUCAAUGGGUUUUAUAUCCGACGAUGCAGGCGAUUCUUACAACAUGUGUCACUUUUGGUCAAACUUUGAAAUUGCCGAUAUGGACUUCUGGAGGGGCGAAGCUUACACCAAAUUCUUCAACUAUCUCGAGAAUACAGGAGGGUUUUACUAUGAGAGAUGGGGAGAUGCACCUGUUCAUAGCAUCGCCGCAGCCUUGUUCACACGCAAGGAUCAACUGCAUUUCUUCAAAGAUAUAGGUUAUAAACACGCUGAAUUUGCUCACUGUCCCCAGGGGAGACAAUGGCGGGAAGGACACUGCUCGUGCAAUCCAAACGAUAGCUUCGACUUUGCGGAAAAUUCGUGUCUGAGGCAUUUCAUGCGGUUGGACGAUGAUUGGAUGUUCGGUUGAUUGAAGGGCAGACGCCACGAUGUAUUUCUACCAUACGUUAUUCCAGCAAGAUAAUUUAUUCAAGUUGUUUGACUAUUAACUGUCUCGUCUUUAUUGCUAUUUAGUCUCCUUACUUUCUC